AUGGCUUCCGUGGGUAUGGGCUUGCAGGGCACCCUGCAGCAGCUGCAGGAAUCUUUGUCCUCUGUGGACCGCGGCAGCGCUGCGAUAGCCACACAUCACCUGAUCCGCGGCCUGGGCUUGGAGUGCGCGCUGAGUGCGAACCCCGCUGCGCUGGCAUUACACACUUCCUUAGUUUUUUCCGGAGAUUUUGGUUUGCUCGUAUUUUUGCGGAAGUCACUAGGUAUCGAAGAAUUUCGAGAUUGUAGAGAAGAAGUCCUGAAAUUUUUAUAUGUCUUCUUAGAUAAAAUUGGCCAGAAGGUUACGCCUUAUGCUCUUGAUAUCAAGGAUGCUUGUACUAUUGUAUAUACAAAAGAUAAAGCUGCUAAAUGUAAAAUCCCAGCCCUCGAUCUUCUUAUUAAGGUAAUUUUAUGUACAUUGAGAAGUUCUAGACUCAUGGAAGAGUUCAAAGUUAGAGAAUUAUUUAGCAAAUUCUAUGGAGAACUUGCUAUGAAGACAAAAAUAGCAGAUACAGUUUUAGAGAAAAUUUAUGAGCUCCUGGGAGUGUUAGGUGAAGUUCAUCCUAGUGAGAUGGUAAAUAAUUCAGAAAAACUGUUCCGAGCCUUUUUGGGGGAAUUGAAGACUCAGAUGACAUCCACAGUGAGAGAGCCCAAACUACCUGUUGUGGCAGGGUGUCUGAAGGGUUUAACUUCCCUGAUGUGUAACUUCACUAAAUCUGUGGAGGAAGACCCCCAGACUUCAAAGGAGAUUUUUGAUUUUGCACUGAAGGCAGUUUGCCCUCAGAUUGAUCUGAAGAGAUACGCUGUGCCCUCAGCUAGUUUACGCUUACUGGCCCUGCAUGCAUCCCAGUUUAGCACCUAUCUUCUGGACAACUACACAUCUUUAUUUGAAGUGCUUUCGAAGUGGUGUGGUCAUAUCAAUGCAGAACUGAAGAAAACAGCACAUGCUGCCCUGGAGGCCUUUCUGAAACAGGUUUCUUUUAUGAUUGCAAAAGAUGCAGAAAGUCAUAAGAGUGCACUGCAGUACUUUAUGAAGCAAUUUUAUGAAAUCAUCAGAAAUGUGGAUUCAGGCAGCAAGGAGCUAUCCAUUGCUGUUCGUGGAUAUGGACUUUUUGCAGGGCCUUGUAAAGCUAUCAGUGCAGAAAAUGUGGACUGGAUGUACGUGGAGCUCAUCCAGCGGUGCCGCCAGAUGUUCCUGACUCAGGCAGAGACUGCUGAUGACCAUCUCUAUCAGAUGCCCAGCUUCUUGCAGUCCAUUGCCAGUGUGUUACUGUACCUUGACACUGUUCCUGAGGUAUACACUCCAGUUCUGGAGCACCUCAUGGUGGUGCACAUGGACAGUUUUCCCCAACAUAGUCUAAAGAUGCAGUCAGUGUGUUGUAGAGCCAUAGUGAAAGUUUUCCUGGCCUUAGCUGACAAAGGACCAGUUUUUUGGAAUUGCAUUGGUACUGUGGUUCAUCAGGGUUUAAUCAGGAUAUUUUCUAAACCAGUAGCUCUUCAAAAGGAUACCUUGGCUGAAUCUGAAAACCUUCGUGUCACUGGGGAAGUGCAAACUGGCAAGUGGAAAGUCCCAGUGACUAGAGACUAUCUGGAUCUUUUCCGAAAUCUCCUAAGCUGUGACAAGAUGACGGAUUUACUCUUAGCAGAUGAAGCAUUUCUUGUUGUGAAUUCCUACCUCCAAAGACUGAAUCAUUUGCUGUAUGAUGAAUUUAUAAAAUCUGUUUUGAAGAUUAUUGAGAAAUUGGAUCUUACACUAGAAAAACAAAAUGUUGGAGAACAAGAGAAUGGUGAUGAGACUGGAGGUCUUGGUGUCUGGGUUAUCGCAACUUCAGAUCCAACUGCUAAUCUGCAUCCUGCUAAACCUCAAGAUUUUUCAGCUUUCAUUAAUCUGGUGGAAUUUUGCAGAGAGAUUCUUCCUGAGAAGAAUGUGGAAUUUUUUGAGCCAUGGGUAUAUUCAUUUGCAUAUGAGUUAAUUUUUCGAUCUACACAGUUGCCACUCAUCAGUGGUUUCUACAAAUUGCUUUCUGUUGUGGUGAGAAAUGCCAAGAAAAUGAAAUAUUUUAAGGGUGUUAAUCCAAAGGAUCUGAAACACUUUUCUGAGGAUGAACAGAAGUAUUCUUGUUUUACUUUACUUGCGAAAUUUGGUAAAGAGGUCUCCAUUAAAAUGAAGCAAUACAAAGAUGAACUUUUGGCCUCCUGCUUGACCUUCAUUCUGUCCUUGCCACACAGCAUCAUUGAGCUCGACAUGAAAGCCUAUGUUCCCGCAUUGCAGAUGGCUUUCAAACUUGGUCUGAGCUGUACUCCUUUGGCUGAAGUAGGCCUGAAUGCUCUAGAAGAAUGGUCAGUUAACAUCAGCAAAUAUGUAAUUCAGCCAUUUUACAAAGACAUUCUACCAUGCCUUGAUGGGUAUCUGAAAACUUCAGCCUUAUCAGAUGAGACUAAGAAUAACUGGGAAAUAUCUGCACUCUCCCGGGCUGCCCAGAAAGGGUUUCAUAAAGUUGUAUUGAAGCAUUUGAAGAAGACAAAGAACACAACAUCAAAUGAAGCCCUAUCCUUAGAGGCAAUAAGAAUGAAAGUCAUACAUAUGCUUGGAUCUCUAGGAGGACAAAUAAACAGAAAUCUUGUAACAGCUGCAUCCUCAGAUGAAAUGAUGAACAGAUGUGUGUCAUGGGACACAGAAAAGAGGCUUAGUUUUGCUGUACCUUUUGUAGAAAUGAAGCCCAUCAUUUAUCUGGACAUCUUCCUGCCUCGGAUCACAGAAUUAGCUCUGCUAGCUUGUGACAGACAGACUAAGGUGGCAGCAUGUGAACUUUUACACAGUGUGGUUAUGUUUAUGUUGGGAAAAGCCACACAGAUUCCUGAAAGUGACCACAGCUCCCCGCCCAUGUACCACCUCUAUAAGCGGACUUUCCCGGUGCUGCUCCGACUUGCCUGUGAUGUAGAUCAAGUGACAAGGCAAUUAUAUGAGCCAUUAGUUAUGCAACUGAUCCACUGGUUCACAAACAACAAAAAAUUUGAAAGUGAAGAUACUGUUGUCUUACUGGAAACUAUAUUGGAUGGAAUUGUUGAUCCUGAGGACAGUACUUUACGAGAUUUUUGUGGCCGCUGUAUAAGAGAAUUCCUAAAAUGGUCCAUUAAACAGACAACACCACAACAACAGGAAAAAAGUCCACUAAACACCAAGUCCCUUUUUAAGCGACUGUACCACUUUGCACUGCACCCAAGUGCUUUCAAAAGGCUGGGAGCUGCACUUGCUUUUAAUAACAUCUACAGGGAAUUCAGGGAAGAAGAGGCCCUGGUAGACCAGUUUGUAUUUGAAGCCUUGGUUGUCUACAUGGAAAGUCUGGCCUUGGCACAUAAAGAUGAAAAAUCUCUGGGCACAAUCCAGCAAUGUUGUGGCACUAUUGAUCACCUAAGGCGCAUCAUUGAAAAGAAGCAUGAAUCUUUAAACAAGGCAAAAAAACGACGUUUGCCACGAGGAUUCCCUCCUUCGUCUUCACUGUGCCUGGCAGACCUGGUAAAGUGGCUUUUGGCUCACUGUGGAAGGCCCCAGAUGGAGUUUCGGCACAAAUCUAUAGAGCUUUUUUACAAAUUUGUUCCUUUACUGCCAGGUAAUAAAUCCCCUUCUGUUUGGCUGAAUGAUAUGAUCAAGAAGGAAGAUACUUCUUUUCUUAUAUACCAGUUUGAAGGGGGAGGAGGAAGCUGUGAGCAGGUGUCUGGCAUCCUUGUCCAGCCUACCCUCCGCCAUCUGCCAGGACCGUUUAGUCUUCGUGUGACCCUGCAGUGGAUGGACAUGCUCCUGGCAGCACUGGAGUGUUAUAACACUUUCAUUGUACAGAAGGCCAUCGGAACGCUUGAGGUCCUGGGUACUGAAUCACAGUCCUCACUUUUGAAAGCAAUGGCAUUCUUCUUAGAGAGCCUUGCUAUGUGUGACAUUACAGCAGCAGAACAAUGCUUUGCUUCUGGUGUGAUGGCUGACAUUGCCAGCCCACAGGAGGCAGAAGGAUAUAAUUAUAGCAGAUGCACAGUUGUAGUCCGGAUUAUGGAGUUUAGUACAACACUGCUCAACACCUCCCCAGACGGAUGGAAGCUCCUAGAGAAGGAGUUCCUCAGUAACAAUCUUGUGAAGCUUGUGGUGAAAACGCUGUGUGAGCCCGUGAACAUGGGCUUUAACAUGGGAGAUGUUGAGGUCAUGGACCGUCUUCCUGGAGUGUGUAUAAAUCUGAUGGUGGCACUGAAGAAGUCACCAUACAAAGACCUCCUAGAGACACACCUCCAGGAGAAAAUACCAGUGAAGAGCAUCGAUGACCUUUGUGCUGUUGACCUAUAUGAUUCCCACGCUCAUGUGGACAAGACCAAGCUGGCUUCUCUGGUGUCCACGUGUGAACACCUCCAUAAAGCUGGGUUCUUGUAUGCUAUAUUGCCAUUAAAGUCUACAGAUCAGCAUCAUUCGGUUGGCUCAAAACUUCUUUCCCUGGUGUAUAAAGGCAUCAUCUCACCUGGCAAGGAAGGACAGUGUCUUCCUGUGCUGGAUGCCAGCUCCAAGAGGCUGGCCAGUGGUCUUUUGGAGCUGGCUUUUGCUUUUGGAGGACAGUGCAAGCAGCUGGUGAGCCUCCUAUUGAGUACAGCCGUGCUGUCCAUGCCUUCCUCGGGCCGGACCCAGGGGGGCAUCAUUAGCUUCGCCCAUGGAGAGUAUUUCUAUAGCUUGUUCUCAGAAACAAUCAACACUGAAUUGUUGAAAAAUGUAGAUACUGCUGUGAUGGAGCUCAUGAAGUCAUCUGAGGAGAAUCCUAAAAUGGUGAGCGCUGUUUUGAAUGGCAUGCUGGAUCAGAGUUUCAGAGACCGUGUGACUCAGUUACACCAAGGAUCCAAGCUCGUGAUGGCAGUUCUGCAAAACUGGAGGGAGUGUGAAUCCUGGUGGGCCGGCGAUUCUGCUCCUGAAAGCAAAAUGGCAGUGCUGGCCUUAUUGGCAAAAAUUUUACAGAUUGAUUCAUCUGUAUCUUUUAACACAAAUCACAGUUCAUUCCCUGAGGUCUUUAGAACAUAUACUAGUCUACUUGCUGAUUCAAAGUUGGGUCUACAUUUAAAGAGUCAAGCUAUAAUUAUUCUUCCAUUCUUUACAAAUCUUACUGGAGGAAGGCUUGAAGAUCUUAAGCAUAUUCUUGAAAGGCUUGUGGUUUCUAAUUUUCCUAUGAAGUCUGAAGAAUUUCCUCAAGGAACACUCCGUUAUAAUAACUAUGUGGACUGCAUGAAAAAGUUUCUAGAUGCAUUGGAAUUAUCUCAGAGUCCUAUGUUACUACAGUUGAUGACCGAAAUUCUUUGUCGAGAACAGCAACAUGUUAUGGAAGAAUUAUUUCAAUCCACUUUUAAAAGGGUUGCCAGUAGGACGUCAUGUGCCACACAGGUGGCUCUUCUAGAGAGUGUGUACACAAUGUUCAGGAGGGAGGACUUGCUCUCCAGUGCUACCCGCCAGGCAUUUGUAGAUCGCUCACUACUUACUCUGCUCUCACACUGUACUCUGAGUGCUUUGAGAGAGUUUUUUAGCAAGAUUGUUGUGGAUGCCAUUGAGGUGUUGAAGUCCAGGUUUGUAAAGUUAAAUGACUCUACUUUUGAUACUCAAAUCACCAAGAAAAUGGGAUAUUAUAAGAUGCUAGAUGUGAUGUAUUCUCGCCUUCCAAAAGAUGAUGUUCACUCUAAGGAAUCAAAAAUCAACCAGAUUUUCCAUGGCUCAUGUAUUACGGAAGGAAGUGAACUUACAAAGACACUUAUUAAAUUGUGCUAUGAUGCAUUUACAGAGAACAUGGCAGGGGAGAAUCAGCUGAUGGAGAGGAGAAGACUUUAUCACUGUGCUGCAUACAACUGUGCCAUUUCUGUUAUCUCCUGUGUCUUCAGUGAAUUGAAAUUCUACCAAGGUUUUCUGUUCAGUGAAAAAGGAGAAAAGAACUUGCUUAUUUUUGAAAACCUGAUAGACCUGAAUCAUUGCUAUGCAUUUCCUAUAGAAGUUGAGGUCCCCAUGGAAAGAAAGAAAAAAUACCUUGAAAUUAGGAAAGAAGUCAGGGAAGCAACAACUGGUGACUCAGAUGGUCCUCAUUAUAUGUCUUCCUUGUCCUAUCUGGCAGAGAGUAGCCUGAGUGAGGAAAUGAGCCAAUUUGAUUUCUCAACUGGAGUUCAGAGUUAUUCAUACAGUUCCCAAGAUCCCAAAUCUACCCCUGGUCAUUUUCGAAGACGGGAGCAUCAGGAGCCUCUGGGCCGAGGUGAGUUUGUGGAGCUGGAGAUGGAUGAGCUCAACCAGCAUGAGUGCAUGGCCUCCCUGACAGCCCUGCUCAAGCACAUGCAGAGGAGCCAGAUUACCCCGAGAGUAGACAAGGGUUCUGUGCCAAGCAGUCUUCCUCUUUGGAUGAAAUUUCUUCAUGACAAAUUAGCAAAUCCAUCAGUACCAUUAAAUAUCCGCCUCUUCUUAGCCAAACUUGUUAUUAAUGCAGAAGAAGUCUUUCGCCCUUAUGCAAAGCACUGGCUGAGCCCUCUGCUGCAGCUGGUAGUUUCUGAGAACAAUGGAGGAGUUGGAAUUCACUAUAUGGUGGUGGAGAUAGUGGUCACUCUUUUGUCCUGGACCAGCAUAGCUACUCCUGUAGGGAUGCCUAAAGAUGAGAUAUUAGCAAAUCGAUUGCUUCACUUUCUAAUGAAGCAUGUUUUUCAUCAAAAAAGAGCUGUGUUUAGACACAAUCUUGAAAUUAUAAAAACCGUUGUUGAAUGCUGGAGGGAUUGCUUAUCCAUCCCUUACAGGUUAAUAUUUGAAAAGUUUUCCAGUAAAGAUCCCAAUUCUAAAGACAACUCUGUGGGAAUUCAAUUACUAGGAAUUGUUAUGGCCAACAACCUGCCUCCUUAUGACCCAUCAUGUGGCAUAGAGAGUAGAAUAUACUUUGAAGCUUUAGUCAAUAACAUGUCCUUUAUAAAACAUAAAGAGGUAUAUGCAGCAGUGGCCGAAGUUCUGGGACUUAUUCUUCGAUAUGUUACUGAGAAUAAAAAUGGGCUGGAAGAGUUGGUUUGUGAACUGGUGGUGAAACAGUUGAAGCAACAUCAGAACACAAUGGAGGACAAGUUCAUCAUAUGCUUGAACAAGGCUGUCCAGCACUUUCCUCCGCUGGCCGAUGGGUUUAUGAAUGCAGUAUUCUUCCUCUUGCCAAAAUUCCAUGGUGUAAUGAAGACCCUGUGUCUAGAGGUGGUGCUUUCUCGUGCAGAGGAAAUAGCAGAUAUCUACUUGGAAUUAAAGAGCAAGGACUUCAAGCAAAUCAUGAGGCACAGAGAUGAUGAAAGACAAAAAGUGUGCUUGAUCAUAAUUUAUAAGAUGAUGGCAAAAUUGAAACCAGUAGAACUUCGAGAGCUUCUGACUUCUGUAGUAGAAUUUAUUUCCCAUCCCUCUCUAACAUGUAGGGAGCAAAUGUAUAAUAUCCUCAUGUGGAUUCAUGACAAUUACAGAGACCCGGAAAGUCAAACAGAUGCUGAAUCCCAGGAAAUAUUUAAGAUGGCAAAAGAGGUGUUGAUUCAAGGACUAGUCGAUGAGAAUCAUGGGCUUCAAUUAAUUAUUCGAAACUUCUGGAGUCAUGAAACUAGGUUACCAUCACAUACUUUGGACCGAUUGUUGGCACUAAAUUCAUUAUAUUCUCCUAAAAUAGAAGUGCACUUUUUAAGUUUAGCAACAGAUUUUCUGCUUGAAAUGACCAGCCUAAGCCCAGAUUACUCAAGUCCCUUGUUUGAGCAUCCUCUGUCAGAAUGCAAAUUUCAGGAAUACACUAUUGAUUCUGACUGGCAUUUUAGAAGCACUGUCCUCACUCCACUGUUUAUUGAGACUCAAACCUCUCAAAAUGCUGCCCAGUCUCGAACCCAGGAUGGCUCCCCUACAGCCCCAGGGCUAAUGGCUGGGCAAGUACGGGCUACUCAGCAGCCCUGGAACUUCACACCUACCCAAAAUACAGAUGGGAGAAGCUCAUUUAACUGGCUGACUGGAAGCAGCGUUGACCCAUUGGCAGAUUACACAGUCCCGCUGUCAUCUGACUCCCUCUCUUCUUCCCUGCUGUUUGUCCACAAGAGGAGGGAAAAUUCAUCCCGAGCAUCACUGAAGUCAGUAGGUCCCAAUUUUGGGAAAAAGAAGCUGGGCCUUCCAGGGGAUGAGCUGGAUAACAAAGUCAAAGGUAAAGCAAACCUUGCACAAAAUGAUCGGGCAGAAAUAUUAAGAUUACGUAGACGAUUUUUAAAGGAUCAAGAAAAGCUCAGUUUAAUUUAUGCCAGAAAAGGUGUUGUUGAACAGAAACGUGAGAAGGAGAUCAAAAGUGAGUUAAAAAUGAAGCAGGAUGCCCAUGUUAUUCUGUACAGAAGUUACCGUCAAGGAGACCUUCCAGACAUCCAGAUCAAACACAGCUGUGUGAUCACCCCCCUGCAGGCUGUGGCCCAGAGAGACCCAAUAAUUGCAAAACAGCUCUUUGGCAGCUUAUUUGCUGGAAUUCUAAAAGAGAUGGAUAAAUUUAAGACCAUGUCUGAAAAAAACAUCAUUACUCAGAAGUUGCUACAAGACUUCAAUCAUUUUCUUAAUAGUACUUUCUCUUUCUUCCCACCUUUUGUCUCUUGUAUCCAGGAAGUAAGCUGCCAGCACACAGCCUUGCUCAGUCUUGACCCCGCCUUGGUAAGUGCCAGCUGCCUAGCCAGCCUGCAGCAGCCUGUAGGCAUCCUGCUCCUGGAGGAGGCGUUGCUGCACCAGGAGCCCCCAGAACCUCCAGCCAAGCGGGCCCGGACAGUGCCCCAGCCCUCUCGUGAAGUCCUCAGGUGGAUGGAGCUUGCCAAAUUGUACCGAUCAAUUGGAGAAUAUGAUGUCCUCCGUGGUAUUUUUAGCAGUGAAAUAGGAACAAAGCAAGUUACUCAGAAUGCAUUAUUAGCAGAAGCCAGAAGUGAUUAUUCUGAAGCUGCUAAGCAAUAUAAUCAGGCUCUCAAUAAACAAGACUGGUUGGAUGGGGAGCCCACAGAAGCAGAAAAGGAUUUUUGGGAACUAGCCUCCCUGGACUGCUAUAACCACCUCACUGAGUGGAAGUCACUGGCAUACUGCUCAACAGCCAGUGUGGACAGCAAGCACCCUCCAGAUCUAAGUAACAUGUGGGCUGAGCCAUUUUACCAGGAGACAUAUUUGCCAUACAUGAUCCGCAGCAAGCUCAAGUUACUGCUUCAUGGAGAUGAUGACCAGUCCCUGUUGACAUUUGUUGAUGAUGCUGUGAGCAAGGAGUUCCAGAAGGUUCUCUUGGAGCUUCACUACAGUCAGGAAUUGAGUCUCCUUUAUCUCCUACAAGACGAUUAUGACAGAGCAAAAUACUGUAUUGAAAAUUGCAUUCAGUUUUUCAUGCAGACCUAUUCUAGUAUUGAUGGACUCUUAUACAGAAGUAGGCUCACCAAGUUGCAGAGUGUACAAGUUUUAACAGAAAUUCAGGAGUUUAUCACUUUUAUAAGCAAACCAGGUAACUUAACAUCUGAAGUUCCCCUUAAGAGGCUUCUCAGAACCUGGACAAACAGAUACCCUGAUGCUAAAAUGGACCCUAUGAACAUCUGGGAUGAUGUCGUCACAAAUCGGUGCUUUUUCCUCAGCAAAAUAGAGGAAAAACUUACUCUUCCUCCAGAAGAUCAUCGGAUGGAAGUGGAUGGAGAUAGAGAUUCUGCUGACAUGAUAGAAACCCAAAAGCAAGAAGAUGUUUAUUCCCUGAUGAAGAGCUAUAAGUUUUCUAUGAAAAUGAAGAUGAUAGAAAGUGCACGAAAACAGAACAACUUCUCACUUGCCAUGAAGCUGUUGAAGGAGCUGCAUAAAGAGUCAAAAACCAGAGAAGACUGGCUGGUGAGAUGGGUGCAUAGCUACUGCCGACUGAGCUGCUGCCGCAGCCAGACCCAACACCACCCCGACAAGAUCCUCACUGUGCUGAAAACCAUCUCCUUGUUGGAUGAGAACAUGUCAAGAUGCUUAAGCAGCAGUGUUCCAGCUUUUCGUGAUCAGCACAUCAUCCUGGGUACCACUUACCAGAUCCUGGCCGAUGUUCUCAGCAGUGAGCCUACUAGCUUUGCACACAUCGAGGAAAGCAGAGUUAGAAGAAUCACAGAACUAUCUGGAUCUAAUUCAGAGGACACAGAAAAGGUGAUAGGAGGCCUCUGUGAGAAGGCCUUCCAGUUCCUUUCUCAAGCUGCAAGGAGUGCUGAGGAGGAGACCCCGCCUUCCUCCAGCGACCAUCCCCAUGUGGCUGGAGUAAUAGAGGCCUACAUGACUUUGGUAAAUUUCUGUGAUCGAGAGCUUCGGAAGGAGAAAGAGAAUGCAUCAACUAUUGAUUCUGUAGAACUAAAAAUGUAUCCAGCAAUUGUGGUGGAGAAAAUGUUGAAAGCUUUAAAAUUAAAUUCACCUGAAGCCAGGUUAAAAUUUCCAAGACUACUUCAGAUUAUAGAAGAGUAUCCCGAGGAGACUUUGAGUCUAAUGACAAAAGAGAUAUGCACCAUUCCUUGUUGGCAGUUCAUUGGCUGGAUCAGCCACUUGGUGGCAUUACUGGACAAAGACGAGGCUGUAGCUGUGCAGCACACAGUGGAAGAGCUUGCUGACAACUACCCACAAGCCCUCCUCUACCCCUUCAUGAUCAGCAGUGAGAACUACGCCUUCAAAGACAGUUCUGCUGGUCAGAAGAAUAAGGCGUUUGUGGCAAGGAUAAAAAGUAAGCUAGCUCAAGGAGGAAUGAUUCAGGACUUCAUUAAUGCCUUAGAACAACUCUCCAAUCCCGAAAUGCUCUUUAAGGAUUGGACUGAUGAUAUCAAAGAUGAACUAGCAAAAACUCAUAUUAAUAAAAAAAGAAUUAAAGAGCUGUAUGACAGACUGUAUGCAGUGUUGGGAGACCUGAACGUUCCAGGCCUUGGAGCUUUUAGACGGAAGUUCAUUCAGACCUUUGGCAAAGAAUUUGAUAAGCAUUUUGGGAAAGGAGGUUCAAAGUUACUUACGAUGAAGCUCAGUGACUUUGGCAAUAUCACCACCUCGCUUCUUUCAAAAAUGAGUGAAGUGUCGAAGCCGCCCGGGAAUCUGCGCGAGUAUUCCCCCUGGAUGAGCAACUUCAAGGUGGAAUAUUUGAGAAAUGAACUGGAGAUUCCUGGUCAGUAUGAUGGCAAAGGGAAGCCAUUGCCUGAAUACCAUGCACGGAUUGCUGGGUUUGAUGAACGGGUAAAAGUAAUGGCUUCCAUCAGAAAACCUAAGCGCAUCAUCAUUCGAGGGCAUGACGAGAAAGAGUACCCCUUUCUUGUGAAAGGUGGGGAAGACCUGCGGCAGGACCAGCGGCUCGAGCAGCUCUUUGAAGUCAUGAAUGACAUUCUUGCGCGUGAUGCUGCCUGCAGUCAAAGAAACAUCCGCUUAAAGACCUACCGGGUCAUCCCCAUGACCACCAGGUUAGGAUUAAUUGAAUGGAUUGAAAAUACUUCAACCUUGAAGGAAGUUCUUUUGAAUAACAUGUCACAAGAGGAGAAAACUGCUUAUCUGAGUGAUCCCACAGCACCAGUGUUUGAAUAUAGAGACUGGCUGACAAAGAUGUCUAGGAAACGUGAUGUUGGCGCUUACAUGUUAAUGUAUAAGGCAGCCAGUCGCACUGAAACCGUCAUGUCCUUUAGAAGAAGAGAAAACAGAGUGCCUGGCGAUCUCUUAAAACGUGCUUUUGUGAAGAUGAGCACAGGCCCAGAGGCCUUCCUGGCACUUCGCUCCCAUUUUGCCAGUUCUCACGCAGUGUUAUGUAUCAGCCACUGGAUUCUUGGGAUUGGAGACAGACAUCUGAACAAUUUCAUGGUGAACAUGGAAACCGGCGGUGUGGUUGGAAUUGACUUUGGACAUGCCUUCGGAUCUGCUACUCAGUUUCUUCCAGUGCCUGAAUUGAUGCCUUUUCGUCUAACUCGUCAGUUCAUCAACUUGAUGUUGCCAAUGAAAGAAACAGGUCUGCUGUACAGUGUAAUGGUGCACUCACUAAGAGCCUUCCGUUCUCAUCCAGACCUGCUCACCAGCACCAUGGAUGUAUUUGUAAAGGAGCCUUCCUUCGACUGGAAAAACUUUGAAAAGAAAAUGCUGGCAAAAGGAGGAUCAUGGAUUAAAAACAUAAAUGUAACUGAAAAAAAUUGGUAUCCCCGCCAGAAAAUAAAUUAUGCUAAUAGGAAGUUAGCAGGGGCCAAUCCAGCAGUUAUUACUUGUGAUGAAUUACGCCUGGGCCACGAGAAAGACCUUGCCUUUUUGGAUUAUAUGGCUGUAGCACGAGGAAGCAAAAAUCAUAACAUUCGUGCUCAAGAAGCAGAGAAUGGACUUUCAGAAGAAACUCAAGUGAAGUGCUUGAUUGACCAGGCAACAGACCCUAAUGUCCUUGGCAGAACUUGGGGGGGAUGGGAGCCCUGGAUGUGA